UGUUCGAAUAAUCGUUGAACACCAAGCCACCAUCAUGCCUAUUCGAGACUCUUCAUCUUCAGUUGACUUUUGUCCUCUGAACCCCCCACACACACGGCUUCGGCCACAGCCCUGAAGGCGUCCUCUGGGGCGACCCUCUGAAAAGUCGAGAUCUUGUGAAAUUCGUGCAGUGAUGGCCGACCAACUUCCCAGCGUAAUCCCGCGCGUCGACGUCGUCUACCUGACGUACAACGCGAAACGGGCGCAGCCGUCGAUCUCGAUGGACACCGUUUGCACGGUCAGUUUAUACGAGCUGAAGAAGCACCGGCACGCGAAACGCUCAGAGAAGCACCAGAUGAGCGCGGAAGCGUACCGGCAUUACCGAUGGUACAACUGCGUGUUGACGGGGAUGCUCCGGAUCGAGGACGGGCCGCAGCUGCUGCAGACGUUCCACUGGUACAUCGAGACGGCCACGGUGGACGCGUUCCGCGUUGAUGGGACGGUGUGCGAGGCCGUUUCGUUGAUCAUCGGGCCGGAGGUGGAGCACUGGUACUGUGCCAGGGUGGGCGGCCUCGGCGGUCGGAGUUCGCACGGAAGCCGCGUUCGGUUGCGCUGCGCCAAGUGGGAGGACACGUUUGGGGCGCAGGCCAAGGCCAGGAUUUCGGACUGUUUGGUGGAGCCGACGAUGGUAGCGACGACAAUGAGAAAGUCAUGCAAAAGGCUUUCACUGGGCACGAUCUGCGAGCAGCAGGAAGAUCAAUAGCGGCGGUUGUGAUUGUGUGGGUGUGUGUGAUUAUAUUUAUUUUUAUUCAACAUUUUUUUCUGUUCUUCAAGACAUUGUAACAUUGUUUAGUUUAUGUUGCACAAAAACACCUUCUCUGCCCUUCUUUUCUGUGUUGGUUUUUUUUUUAUAGAAGUUUUUCAUAUACAGCAGUGAUUGUUUUUUAAACAACAAAAUAAAGCUUCCUCUCUUUUUUUAUUUUUCACCGUAAAAUUCACUUUGUGAUCUUUGUAAGAAAAAAAAAACAA